AUGCUUCUGUCUUUUAUCAAAAGUUUUGAUAUAUUUUCAUAAACUUUUUAGUUUAAUUAGUAAAAAUAGAGGCUCAGAAAAAGAACGCUUCUUGGAGCGUUUUUAACUAUAUCUAUAAUUACCUUAACCAUAAUCUAUUUCAUCGAAAUACUAAUUGAAUUUUUUACUAAUUAAAUUGACCCUACAUUUAAAAAUCAAACCUUCAUUGCAAAUGGUCAAAUAAAUGUAGGUUUAAAUAGCAAUUAUUUCGCUUACUAAUUAAGCCAAAGUGGACUAAACCCAAUUGAUGAACUAGAAAAGAAAGAAAAUAAGACUUAUGUUGUUGCCUUAGCUUAGUUUGUUUACUAAGAUAAUAGUGGGAAAAAAUCUUGGAACUUAAAAAGUAUUUAAUGCUAAAAUCCUAAAUUAAUUGGAUAUAAUUGUUUAGAUUUCUCUAAUGUGCCUUCAAACUACACUUUAGCAUUAGAUAAUAGCUAAAAUAUAUAUUCUUAUGUUAUGGUUAUGCUCUACAGAUGUUAAGAUACUGAUGGUAGAAAGACUUCAGUACCUAAUAACUGCGCUAGCAUAAAUGAAAUAAAUAAAUACAUAAACAAUCCUUCAACUUAUUUAAAGGUAUAAAUCUAAGUAUCAUAGUUUAAUACUACAUCAAAGUUAAUUGAAACAUGCUACAGGAGCUAAAUUCUAUUGGUCCCAACAUCAAACAUAGCAAUAUCUGAGCUUAAAUUAUAAUAAUAAUCUACUACUGUAAAAUAAGGAGCUAUUACACAAACUUCAGAAACAUUUAACUCACCAAUAUCGUAUACAGUAAAUACAUAAAUGUUUGACCCUUAUACAGUUCAGAAAAUUAUAGGUUUGAAUUAUUUUACAUAAUUUCAUAUCAAUUUAGAUGAAUUUCAAUAAUAUACUUCUAUUUAAUACCCAAAUCUUCCUUAGAUUUUAGCUUAAUGCAAUAGUACUCUAACACUCUUAAUGUGCUUAGGAAUUUUAGGAAGGUAUUUUGCUCAGAGAUUAGUAAGAUAAGAUAUAUUUGUUCUUGCUUUAAAAAAUAUUUUCUAAGAUUCAUAUUCGCAGGUAUUAGGAUAUGAAAAUAGACUUCUAGAUGAAUAAUAAUUUUUAAAAAAAUCCUAUUUUGAUGUAAAAGAUAAUGAAAAAGAAGAAGAUAUAGAAGAGCGAGAAGUUACUUAAUCUGUUUUUAUUCCAUCUUUCAAAACAAAGAGAUGUGAAAGUAUUCUCAGCUAAAUAAGCAAACUCUAAGAUAAAAUGAAAGAUGAAAUUAAAGAGGACUUUAAUUCAGAAAUUUAAUAAUUCGAUUUUAAUUCCUAAAACUAUGACAAUAAAUCUUCUAUAGAAUCUAAGAAUAAAACACUUAUUACAAUCAAUUAAAUCUUAAAUAGCCAAACAGAUGAAAAAUCCUAAAAAGUUAAUAAUGAUUAUGAUUUAGUUUAAGCAUAGUUUGAAGAUAUACAACAGAGUCCUAUUUAAAAAAAUAUAACACUAUUUACUGAAGCUAAUUAUUUUAACUAAUAAUAAAUAUAUCCUAAAAAAGAUAAAAAAGCUCAAAUUUAAGAGAAAAAAGCUCGAAGCAAAGAUAAAAAAAAAAUAGAUGAAAGAAUUUAAAUUUUGUUUGACUAAACUGCUUCUUAAAAUGCCUAAGAUAAAAUAUUCAAAUUUAAAUUAAAUAAACAGGAAGAUUACUUAAACUCAUUAGGACUAGGAAAAUAAGAUGUUCAAUUUAUAGAUCAAUAAGUUGAUAAUCUAAUUGAUUUUUCAAAAAUUAUUGAAGAUUUAACGCUUUUGAAGAAAGCAAUUAUGAUAAUUUUGAAUAAAGAUUAAUUAGCUGUCUUAAAAUUAGUUGGGUGUUCUAAAGAAUUCAUAAAAUAAGAAAUUCCAAAUAGAAAUUUUAGCAAUUAUAAAAUGAGUUAUUUUGAAGAAUAAUUUGCUAUUUCUCUAUCAAUUGAAAAAUAGUUAUCUGUAAUAAAGCAAUUUAUUACCAAAUGUUAGACUUAAAAUAAUCUAAGCAUAAUUGAUAAAAGAAUUUAUUCUUCAUUACUAUGA